AUGCCAUCUAAAGGAAACACCGGAGUUGGGAAACUGCUGGGCUGUUUAAGCCCGGAUAGAAGUAGUCAAGAUCCUGGGAGUGGGUUCGAACCAGGGGACCUUCAGCUACGCCUUGUAGACAACGAACGGGAUGUCGUCGUGCGGUUUCAUUUACGGGUUUUGGAGAGCCAGCUCUCAGCAUUCCCAACACACCUAGACAAUGAGCUUCGGUAUCCACACCUGGCUACUUGUGAUCUCUUUUCGGUGGAUAACUUAUCAGGUGACUUUCUUGUUGAAAUGACCCAGUCUACCAGUGCCAUGACUGCUCCGAACCACUAG